AUGACUCGCGAACCCUUCGACGUGCAGGUCCACUGGCCAGCCGACAGCGUAGUCAACUGGCCUGGCAAGGGAAGUGACUUUUACAGAAAGACGGGCAUUCACAUGUACUGUAACCAAAAAGCCGCCAACCCUCUGUGGGAAUACCAGAUCGAGAUCCGCGCGGAUUGGCCUUUCACAUAUACAUUCUACGACGAGACGGGCGACAGCUACUCGGUGUCAAUUUGGAUGGUGGGGAUGACUCCGGAGCACUACGUCAGUUUCAAUUCAGAGCGCCCUACCAUUGUGCGCGUCACGGGUAGCUAA